AUGUCCUCCAUGUCCCGCAUUGAGCAGAUCCACGCGUACAGGCGCCUCUACCGCGAGCUCCUCCGGGCGGUCCAAUUCGCGGCGCCGUACAAGUACGUCGUCCGCGACCAGCUGCGGGCGGCGUUCCGGGAGAAGGAGGCCAGCUGGGACAAGGACAUAUACAAGCGGACCUUGUGGUUCCUCCAGGCGGCGGCACGCGAGGCCGGGUUCGAGCACAAGAUCCUCAAGAACCUCAUCCGCGUGGCACACGAGCGGCAGAAGACGGAGCCGUGGAAGAUCAGCUACCGCAGGGCCGCGGACAUGAAGGAGAAGAAGCUAUCUAGCUACGAGGAGGGCAAAGAGAUCACGUCUACGGCGUUUAAUCACUAUGACAUGACGGUGGCCAUGUUGAACAAGACGAUGGGCAUCCGUCUGAGGUGA